AUGUUCUACGGCAUGGAUUGGAACAGAAUCAGUGAACUAACUCAAUUGUCAGGUAUAUGCUGCAAUGUGACGUCUCACAAUCCACGCUGUUUGGACGGAUCACAAGCCGUUGGUGCAUGUAUCCGCGGUCAAUGUGGUGGUGGUUUUGUUUGUACCACUGGUAACGUAUGUUGUCCAUCGAAUAGCGGUACACAAGAGGGUACUUCCAGUAGUUCGGCAUGUCCAAACGGUGGUCAUUCGGUCGGUGUAUGUGUCAAUAAUAUGUGUCCAGUGGGUUUUUCAUGCCUGAAUAAUCACUGCUGCCCAAGCGAUGGUACCACAACAGGAGUAUGUCAUAAUCGAACACUAGCGAUUGGAUCUUGUGGAACUGGCCAUACCUGUCCUGAUGGUGGAUUUUCGUGUGACGUCUCGUUGAACCUUUGUUGUCCGAGAAUCACACCACUUGGACAAUGUGUUGGUGAGCGCGUUUAUUUCCACUGCUCUCUCUCCGCUCGUCAA